UUUUUUAUAGAUCAAUUAUCUACGACAUUAUCAAAUAAAUAUUAUGGUUCUUCUUGUUCAAACAGAAAGAAUUAAAGAAACAUUAAAAAGAUAUUCCUCAUUAAAUAUAGGAAAAGAUAUUUCAGAAUAUUUAAAAAGUGAUUUUAUUCCUCAUUCUGUAAUUAUAGAUAUUUCAGCAUCUUUAAAAAAUAUAAAUCAUGAUAUUCAAAAAAAAGAAGACACUUUGGACUAUAUUUUAAGAGGAACAUAUAUAUAUCAUGAAAAAAAAACUCAGAAAAAUAAUACAAAACAAAAUCAUUUAUUAAAAAUGCAUUCUAUUGCACAAGAAAUAGACUAUCAAAGACUUAUAGGUAUACAUGAUCCAUAUUAUAAAAACAAAGAACUCAGUAAAACUGAAUUACGCUUAAUCAAAAAUCAAAUAUUUACAAUAAUUAAUAUUCUUGUAACAAUAUUUAGUAUUAUAAUUGCUAUUUGGAUAUGGUGUAAAAAUUGGAACAUACCAAUGAGAAUUAUAGCAGCUUUAAGCUCUGGUAUACUAAUUGCUAUUGCUGAAAUCGUUCUAUAUAAUCAUUAUUUAUCAAGUAUUAAAAAAAGACAAGAUUUUCAAAGAAAUAAACCUAUAAAAAAAGAAAUAAUAAACUCUAUAAAAUUUCAAGGUAAAAAUACAUAAUAUAAACAUUUUAAUUCUAUUUAUUAUACAAAUAUCGCUACUA